CAAACUGUCAAAUCUGACAUUCUAUCGAUAUUUUCAAUACGUCCCCUACAUUAUCGUCGACUGGUUCGUGUUCGUAAUAGCAAGAAUCGGCCAUCAGUUGAAAAUUUUUCCUUGUACUUUCGGAACAACAAAGCGAUAAGUCGUCACCCGACAGCAACAUGUCCGCCUACAAGAUGGAGACUGCCCCCUUUGAUCCACGUUUCCCCAACCAGAACGUGACCCGGUAUUGUUAUCAAUCCUAUGUGGACUUUCAUCGUUGCCAGAAGAAGCGCGGCGAAGAUUUUGCACCAUGCAACUAUUUCAAGAAGGUCUACAAGACGAUGUGCCCCAAUGCCUGGGUCGAGAAGUGGGACGAUCAGCGCGAGAGCGGCACAUUCCCGGGCCGCAUCUAAAGCUGCCCCGCCGCCCCCUUCUUCACCCCCCACACACACAUACACACACACACACUUAGAGCUGUAUAGCAAACAAACAUAAUACCAAACACCAUGGACAAAUUUAAUAUCGUUUAAGGGGCGCUACAAACACGAAAAUAUAUACACAACCAUUGUUACAAUUUGAUCAAAUUGGUCGUUUGUUUCUUCUUCGAGACUCACACACACACACACACACAGUGAGAGACAGUAAGCUAUAUAAAUUUGAUCUAUGGUAUAUAGAGAUGUACACAAAACAAACAAACACAGGCAACUGUAUUCAACAUGUGUAUUAAUCAAUAAACAAAUU